AUGGCUUCUACGGGCCGACGAUGGCAGCAGUUCCUGCAAGAGAUGUUCAUGGUUGCUGGAACGUCCGCCUCAGCCUAUUUUCUCAUUCGAUACCUCCUAUCGCGUCUUGACUUCGACCCGGAGAGUCAAAAGAAGGAGGAGCAAAAGCGCAAGUCAGCGGCCAUUUUGCGCCGACUAGAUGCCGGAGAUGAAUCAGACGACGAGUCGCCGCGACGGGGCGAUGGCAAGCGCAGCAGCCGGCCGAAGCGAAGCGAGCUCACUCUGAACCAAUACGAACAAGCAGUUGCGAUGGACGUUGUCGCACCCGAGGAUAUCGCCGUGUCAUUCGAGGACAUUGGCGGUCUGGAUCACAUUAUCAAAGAGCUCAAACAAUCCGUUAUUUACCCGUUGACGAUGCCUCACCUCUACGCCUCCACAUCUUCUCUCCUGACCGCACCCUCUGGCGUUCUCCUGUAUGGUCCGCCUGGCUGCGGAAAGACCAUGCUCGCCAAGGCCCUUGCUCACGAGAGCGGUGCCUGCUUCAUCAACCUGCGCAUUUCGACGUUGACCGAGAAGUGGUAUGGUGACUCGAACAAGCUUGUCAAUGCGGUCUUUUCCCUUGCCCGUAAGCUCCAGCCCUCGAUCGUGUUCAUUGACGAGAUUGAUGCGAUCCUCGGCACCCGGCGCAGCGGCGAGCAUGAGGCGAGCGGCAUGGUGAAGGCGGAGUUCAUGACACACUGGGAUGGUCUAACCUCGGCUAACUCGAGGGGAGAGCCCCAGCGCAUUGUUGUUCUCGGUGCCACCAAUCGAAUUCACGACAUCGACGAAGCGAUUCUUCGACGCAUGCCGAAGAAGUUCCCCGUUGCUCUCCCGUCAGAUAUCCAGCGCCUGCGCAUUCUCAGCUUGGUUCUUAAGGACACUAAGGUCGACCGCGAUGACAUCGAUGUGGAUUGGCUCGUCAAGAAGAUGGCUGGUCUCUCCGGUAGCGAUAUCAAGGAGCAGUGCCGCAGUGCCGCCAUCGGGCCUCUCAACGAGCAGAUCGAGAAGAUGGAGAAGGCUGGCAUGCCAUUGACUUCCCUGGACCCCAGUGAGGUCCGCGGUCUUAACAUGGACGAUUUCCCUUAUGGCCGGCGCCCCAGGAAGGCCGAGAGUGCCCACCAGCGCAAGGCCAGCAGGGAGAAUGAAGAAGAGGCCUGGCAGACCGAGUCUGAGGCCGAGGCCACUUCGGAAGCUGAUGCACGCCGCUCUGUGAUGGCCGAGCCUCCAGAGUAA